CGGAAACAUUGACGCAAAAUUUCAAAUUUUGCGAAACUCCUUAAGGACGAAAUUUCACGAAGGUUGUAAACACUUGCUUAUCAAUUUAACCUACAUCAGAAAGGAUACGCAAUGCUUAGAGAUUAAAAGUUUGAAAAAACGCAUAUCCAUGGUAUAAAUCCGAUUAUCAGUUAGACAAUCUGAAUUUAACAAACACUUGAAAUAUGACUCAUACGUAUUAUGGUGUGUCACCACAAAAUCUGGAAACUACACAUAAUGCUACGUAUAUACUACCAAAACUUAUGCCCAAGUAUCGUGGACAUUGUCCAGGCGUGAAAUUUGAUUAUGGUCAAACAUAUGGAGCGAAUACAUGUAAACAAUUUCAAGAUUAUCGAUCAACAGUACUUCAAUCAUCCAUGUCAUCACCAUAUAAAGAUGGCGGUUACCUGCCUACAAUUUAUACACAUAAUUCAAAAUUACUAUCAAACAAAUUAAUACAAAAUCGUGAACGAUAUAAUGAUGGUAGAUAUUGUUAUCAACUUUACAAUAAAGAUAAUUAUCGAUCCGAUGAAAUUAAACAUUUUGCAAAUGCUGUUCAAAAACAUCGUGAUUAUUAUUUAGAUAAAACUGGAAUUGAAAAACCUGUACCCGAGUUUUUAAUUCCAUUAAGUAAUGAACAAUUUAUUAAAGAGAAAUAUUUAUUUCGAUAAUAAUAAUAAUUAUCAUCAUACUCAU